CUCGCAACCUUAAACACUUUCUCCUUACAACAACGUAACAAUGGAGUCAACCUCAAUCAUGUUUCUCUCAUUCCUUGUCUUUGCCGCCAUCACAACCUCUGUGCAUUGCACAACUGGCUCAUCCAGCCCCGCUAAACAAGUACGUGACGUUGAUGGAGACCUGGUUCGAGCUAAUACCAGUUAUUACAUUAUUCCAAUGUCGGUAGAAGAUGGAGGUGGUUUUUCAUUACGAAGCACUAAAACUGAUGAAUCAUGUCCACUUGGUAUUUUCCAAGAAGAUGAGGAUGAUGAAAACUUUGGAAUCCCAGUAACAUUUUCCCUCGUCAACCCUAAAAAGAGUGUCAUUCGUGUCUCCACCGAUUUGAACAUUGAGUUCUCCGAAACUCCUGUUGAGUGUGACAUUUCUAACGUUUGGAAGGUUGAUAACUAUAAACGACACCCUAAAAGAUUCUACAUAUCCCCUGACGGAGUUAAGGGAAACCCCGGGUCUGACACAAUCAGUAGCUGGUUUAGGAUUGAAGAAUUUGAGAGGGGUUAUAAAUUGAUCCAUUGUCCAAGUGUGAUGGAGAAUGAUGAUUAUGAAGAUGGCGAUGAGGACGAAAUCGAAGUGUUGUGCAAAGACGUUGGCCUUCUCAAGUAUAGUGGACAACAACGUUUGGCUUUAACUGAUACUCCACUUCGUGUUGUGUUCCGGAAAGCUUAAUUGAAGAGAAGGUUAUCUUUAAUUUCAAUGUACCAUGCACGUUAUGUUUAUGUUUCUCAAUAAAUUUGUAACAAUGUUCUAUUAUGUAAUUGUCACAUCUGAUUCAGAUCCAUAAUAAAACAAUUAAUUUAAAUACGCUA